GGAUCGCUCUGCCGCUGUGUGGAAAUGUCCGCCAUGUUUUCCAUGGCGCAGGGAGCGGAUCGACCGAGGGAAAACCGCCUUUAAAUCCGGGAAAACUCGACCGAAAACGGCUUCCCUCGCUGGAUUCCGAGCAAAGGGGAACCCAUGAGUCCGGCCGCGGCGGAAAGAACCGGGUCCCCAGUGGUUUUAGUCCGAGUUUUCGAGUGAACUGUGGCGGGAUAAAUGUUUCCUUCCAAAUUGAUGUUAUUGUGAUCGGCGACAACAAUGAGUAAACUCUCGUUCCGAGCGCGAGCGCUAGACGCCGCCAAACCUCUCCCCAUCUACCGCAACAGAGACCUGCCGGACCUCACCGACUGCGUCUCCAUCAACCGGGCCGUGCCGCAGAUGCCGACGGGGAUGGAAAAGGAAGAGGAGUCGGAACACCAUUUACAGCGAGCCAUUUCAGCACAGCAGGUCUUCAGGGAGAAGAAGGAAUGCAUGGUUAUUCCGGUUCCCGAGGCCGAAAGUAACAUCACCUACUACGACCGCCUUUACAAAGGAGAGUUCAAGAUUCCCAAACAGCUUAUCCACAUUCAGCCUUUUAGCCUGGAUAAUGAGCAGCCGGAUUACGACAUGGAUUCUGAAGAUGAAACCUUGCUCAACAGGCUGAACAGAAAGAUGGAAAUUAAACCCAUUCAGUUUGAAACAAUGAUCGAUAGAUUGGAAAAUGCUAGUGCGAACCAGCUCGUCACCCUUCAAGAAGCCAAAGUGCUGCUGAACGAAGAUGAUUGUCUUCUGAAGUCCGUGUAUGACUACUGGGUGAGGAAGAGGAAGAACUGCAGGGGGCCCUCCCUCAUCCCCCAGAUCAAGCAGGAGAAGAGGGACGGCUCCACCAACAGUGACCCCUACGUGGCCUUUCGGAGGAGGACGGAGAAGAUGCAGACUAGGAAGAACCGUAAAAAUGAUGAAGCCUCUUAUGAGAAGAUGUUGAAGCUGCGGAGGGAGUUCAGCAGGACGGUAACGAUUCUAGAGAUGAUCAAGAGAAGAGAGAAAUCUAAACGGGAGCUGCUGCAUCUUACCUGGGAGGUGGUGGAGAAGAGAUAUCAGCUUGGUGACUUUGGAGGUGAAAUUCUGAAUGAAGUUAAGAUUCCUCGAGCAGAGAAACCUGUAUAUAGCACUCCGGUGUCUCUACACAACGGGACUCAUCACAAAACUUCAGAAAGUAAAAUAAAGCAUUCCCACCAUGUCUCAAUCAAAGAUGAAUCUCAUUUUGAUUUCCUUCGACCAAAGAAGAAAUACUCCCAGAAACUGAAAUUGGAUUUGUUGCACCAGCAGUCCCAUUCUGAGCACCAGCCUGCCGUUAAUAAGUGUGACAUUAAGCAGUAUGACUUCCACAGCUCAGGAGAUGAGGAGUAUCUGCAGGUACCGUCUCCUACGUCGGAACCGGAUGAGGAGAGCGAUCCGGAUGGGCCUUUUGCUUUCCGAAGAAAGGCUGGGUGUCAGUACCAUGCUCCGCGCGUGGACCAGGCCGGCGGAGUCCUCUGGGAGCAGCCGGAGCUGGCGGGGCUGCGGCACCGGCACUGCCUGACCGCCCUCACGGUCCCCCGGAGGUGCAUCGGCUUCGCCCGGCGGCGCGUCGGGAGAGGGGGCAGGGUUAUAAUGGACCGAGCAUCUUCGGAGCACGACCACGUUUUAAAGCAGUUGGACCCAGAAGUGUUGGCCUCUACCCCCAGCAGCAUGGUCUCAGACUAUUCAGACACUUCCACAUGGACCAAUGCUUCCAGAGCACAUUCUGGGAAUGUGAACUCGCUUACGGAAAUUUUGAGCAAUAUUAAAAUGUGCAGGUGGCGGUAUUUUCGACCGCAGCCUACACAGGCUAAGAACAAUGGCGAUAAUGGCAGCACGUUUAAGAAACUGGGACAGACUGUGAACAAUAAGAGGAUAACUGGAGCUUCUGUUGCGUUGUUAAGCCCUAACAAGAAUGGAAUUACAGUUGCAGGAGGAAUCACGGAGGAAGAGUUCCACACCCACCAGCAGCAGCUGGUCCAGAUGCAGAAGCAGCAGCUGGCACAGCUCCAACAGAAGCAACAAUCCCAGCAUUCCUCCCACCCCGAGCAUCACACUAUACAGGUAUCGGGCACUUCUGACUGCAUGUCCAAGACCCUUGAUUCAGCCAGUGCCCAGUUUGCUGCAUCGGCUGUGGUCACUGCCCCAGGUCCAGGCUGCAGUGAGGCCAGUAAAGACAACAGACUGCACAGCAUCAGUGUCAAUGGUGUUGUCCAAACUUCAGGGACGUCUAAAACUCUUCAUUCCACCAGCACAACCUUGAGCACCACUCCAGCAAUCUCCUCUGUCCAGCUGUUGAGGACUGUCCCUCACAGCAGCACCAGCCACCUCAUCCCAGCAUUGUGCACAAGUACCCCCCAGUCGCUGCCUGGGAACAGCUCCUGCCUGGCUACUGCGGUUCACCUGAGCAACGUCAGCGUGGUCUCGCCCGUGAACAUGCACCUCAGCACAAGGACUUCCGCGCCCUCGCCAUCUGCCUUAAAGCUUGCCACUGUGGCAACUCCCCUGGACAGGGUGCCAAAGGUGACGCCCAGUAGUGCCAUCAGCAGCAUAGCAAGGGAGAGUCAUGAGCCUGAAAGACUUGCUUUGAAUGGAAUAUCGGAGACCACAGUGGCGAUGGAGGUCACAUAGCCCACAUCACGGACCGUGCUCCCAUGUCCAGCAGUUGACACAUUUCCCAGAAUGAAUGCAAAACCUGUGCGCCCUCUACAGUUCGCAGGGGGGCUUUACAUGGACCUAUAUGAAAUAGCAGCAUAUCAACAUAUUAAGUUAAUUUGUCAAUAUAUAAAUGUACAUUUUGUAAAAUUGGGAAGAUCACUACCUUGUAAAAUAGUAUAUUUGUAUCAUUAGUAUGUUAUUUCUGUUACUUGAAUUCUAGAUAUUUGUCAUCAUGCUUUUGCACUCGAAAAUGCAACUGAAUGGAAAGGAAAAAAUGUGCAACAGUUUGUUUUGGGAUCAUGAGCAUGAGAAAGGAUCCUAUGUCACUUGUUUUAACUAUUUAUUUUGCAAUGUUUACAUUUUGUAUCUUGUACAAAUCAGAUUUUGUGUCUACAAAAAUAUUGAGAUUCGCAUAGUUAGCAUAUAAAGUUCUUGUACUUUUUUUCUAAAAAAAUGUAUUUCACUUGAUUCAUUUGGUUUCACAAAUUGAAUAUAGAUGGUCUUUUGGUAACAAGUUUAGUGACAUUUUUCAUUAAGACAGGUAUUUUCUAUUACUUUGAAGGGGCAAUGGGGAACGGAUUGCUUUUUAAUUUUUUAUUUUAAAUUUUUAUUUGUCCUUUUUUUGAAUGUUGUAAAAGUUACAGUAACACAGUUUUUGGUGUAAAAACAAGCUGUUGUAUCCAUAGGACCUAUUUAAAUUUUUAAUGACAGAUUUAUGCAUUCUACAUUCUCAUUCUUGCAAAUGUAUAAAAACAAACUCAUUAAUAUAUUUGCAUUUUAAAACUUGCCGAGGUCAAGCCAAUAAAUCUUCCACAGGUAAGGGCAAUACUAGUAUGUGGGGUAUUUGGAGACUAUCUGAAACCUGUCGAACCAAUCUUGGGGGGGAGGGGGGUACUUGUCACGACUGCUCAUCCUUUCAGAUUUUUUGUAUUCUUUCCUGUGGCGACAAGGCAAGUAACAGGUGAGGAAGAACAUGUCUGAUGAUCAGCGCUAGGCCUCCCUUAACGUAGUGUAGUGGUGUAGUGAGUUCCUGUAAAAAGAUUUAUAGAAAUGUUUAGGCAACUAUUAGUUUAUGCACUACUUCAGACACAUUUUCCCUGUUACUUGUACUUGGAUAUAUUACGAAAUGCAGGGAAAUAAAAAAAGUAUACAUAUCA